AUGGAUCCCCACAGCCUUCCAGCUCACGACACCCGGAGACGCCGCAACGCGCUGGCCUGCAAUACGUGUCGGAGAAGACGGACAAAAUGCGACGGCAAGAGACCCAAGUGCUCAUUCUGUGUCGAGCGUGGCAAAGACUGCUUCUACCAGGAGCCGCAAGAUCUUCCACCGUCUCCGUUGAAGGCGGAGCUCUCGAGGAUAUGGGAACAACUGGAUCACAUAGCGGCAAUAGUACAGGGCCGAAAUCCAAGGAGCUCUCCCUCCCCUAACGAGCAGCAGAGCCAUGCUCCUCUUACAGCCCCUGGUGCGCCUCAGGGGUUUCCAUUCAUGACAGUCCAGAGUGAAGCAUUCUUGAUCUUGCUUGGCCUGGAUAAAUACUUGCCUAUGCACCUUGAGCACGUGGAACGCGGAAGACAAAUUAUCAGCGCUAAACCAUCGCUGGAGAGCAUUGUGAUGGUUGACCUUGCGGAUGCGUCAGUUCUUCUGCACGCAUUCACGGAACAGAUAUAUAUCUGGUAUCCGAUUCUGCAUGCCGACUUUACCAAUGAAUUCCUCGAGGCAGUAACAUCUUGUUUCCCUUUCUCGUUGUCCUCAUGCCUGACGCUUCUCGUGUUGGCGAUUGGCUGCGUGGUGAAGUGCGAAUCUAUCGUCGACGCUCUGCAGGCACGCCCGGAGGCAGCAUACAUUCAAGCGGCCUCGGCGAUGCUCCCAUGCGUGCUUGCAGACAGUAGCCCACGAAGUGCACAGUGUCUGCUCCUGUUCUCCAUAUACCACCUAUGCUAUGCGCAGCCAUGUCAGGCCCACGAUUUCGUGGUAAUGGCUUCCCGUAAAAUGCAGAAUUAUAUGUUGAAGUGUGUAGAACGUGUUCCAGGGCGAGUAUCGAGAACCGGAGACGAUGUGCUAACAAGUGCGUCACGCAGUGAACCUGACAUUGGUAAUGAUACCACAAUCAUUGGAAACUGCUUCUGGAUAGCAUUGUUGAUCGAAAGGUAUCCAGACCUCAGGGCCAAGAAAAGCAACUUAGACAAACUGACCAUUUGUAGUGAGCUCAGAGUCCAGCUUGACUUCGUCGAUAGUGGGAUCUGGAAUAUGGCUCUCUUCGCCCCUGCCCCCACAGCCUCGAGCAUCUGGACCUGGCGGGAGCUGACCCCCUCGUUAGACUCCCCAGGAUCGUUCACUUCGAACGAGAGCGUGGAUCUCUCCCGAAGCGACGAUCUAUCAUACUUUGUCGCGGAGAUCGCGAUGCGGAAAAUGCUGCAGCGCUGCACAUGGGCGACGAGCACGCUGGCGCAGGGCAGACACGUCUACGCGCCCAUCGUCGCCGUCGAACUUGAGCGCCAAUUAGACGAAUGGCUUCAACUACUACCGGAGCCGCUAUCGUUCCGUGGCCGUGGCUCUACAUGUAUCGGAUCUCGUCCGCUGCGGAAUUCUGACUCGGCGCAGGUGGAGUUCCUGCGCGCACAGUAUUACGCAUUCAAGGCAUCUAUCUAUUGGCCGGCAGUGUACGAGGCCCUUCUAAGUAGUGAGACUGACGGUAACCUUAUUCGCCACUGUGCGAAGUUCUUUAGCAGCUAUGCCGAGUUCGUCCCUAGUGCAGCAGCAGCAGUUGCUGUCUGUAAGCCCAAUCUGUGGACACUGUGUGCAAGUGUGUUCACAUUUUCUAUGGCCACCCUGCUGGCGCUAACUGAACCGUGUCUGGCUGAAGUGGUUCCCCAGGGGGUCUACCUGGGUCUAGAAGUGGCAGUCAAUGUCUUUGACGGGCUGGCGGAGGUCAGCCCCUCAUUGGCAGAGAUGGGGGCUAUACUGAGGGAUAGGGUACGGCUGUGUAAUUCUAGUUUGCCGUAG